GAAUUAAUUUAAUUGAGAGAAUAAAAUCACAAGUUGACAAAUAUUUUUUUGAGUCAUUGUUUUGUUGGUUGGGAGGACUUUCUUCCUUGCGUAGAGAAAGAUCUCUUAUCUGGGAUGUGGGAUCUCUCUAUUUUCUCACCAGAUACUGGCCCAGCGGAUCUGAAUUUUCAUUUUUAAUUUUGUCUGGAGAUGAUGAUGAUUUUAGUUUUCCUUCAAUGGGGGUUUGAGGAGAUGGGGGCUUUUGUAUUUUGUGUCCUUUAGGUGUUUGUGUUUUUGUUUCCUUGGGAUCGUGUGUUGUUCUGGGUUUCAGGUACUUUUCUUUACCUGUACUGUGAAAUUGUCUGGGAGGCAGAUGGAUUCUUGAGCUCUGGUUUGCUGCCAUCUUGUGGGAGUUCGGUGAGCUUGUAGGCCAGUUCCGAUGAAGAGGUGCUGAAGGAUUGAAUUAUGAGAAAUGGGAACUGAAGUACAGUUAAAGAUGCAUUUUCCUGGAUAUUAUUCCUUGAGGGAUCUAAAUCAUGAUACUGGCAAGGUUAGCUGGCCGUUGCAUCAUGAAAAUAAAAACUUUGAGCUGUACCAUAACUUUUUCUCAACAAGGCCAGCCAUAGAUAUUGGAUGUGAUAAGGAACAACUGAGGCACACUAUAUUGAAGCAAGAAUCGAUAUUCAGGCACCAGCUGCAUGAACUUCAUCGUCUUUACAGAAGACAAAGGGAGAUGAUGAAUGAAAUGAAAAGUAAAGAACUAAACAAACAUUUGAUUCAUGUGGGUACAUCACAAUCUAGUCCCUUUUCAUCUGGCUUCCUGUCUCAAGAUGAGCAAAAGAGUCAUGUUUUAGAGUCACAGAUGUUGGACUUAAGUUGUGGUAGACUAUAUAAAUCUGAGGCUGAUAGCAUCCAUUCCCAAUUUAGUUCUUUGAAAGAGAAACUUUUGCAUUCUGGUUGUGAUUCAUUGCUAAAUGGAUUGAACUUGAAAAAUGGUGAAUCCCUUGAAUCUCAAUGCAAGAACGUUCAGAGAAGAUUGUUUGACCUUGAACGUCCAGCUGAUGAAUAUUUAAGCAACCGAGAGGGAGAUCUUGGUGUUUCUGCGGUAUCAGGAGUAGAAAAUUACCCUUCUAAAAGGAUUUUUGAUUUUCCUCAUCAAAGGGAAGGAAAGCUGUCUAUUCGUAAUGGUAGCAGCUAUAACUGUAAUGGUGAUGCUAUCAAUUCCAAUUUGUAUGUACGAGGAACCUCUUGUCAUACCAAUUGGAAUGGACCUACCCAGGUUGACAAGGCACAGAGGCAGCAGUCAUCUACAAGGUCACAACAAGGCUUCCAACCUCUGGCAGCAGAAUUCUCACAGAACUCCCAUAAUGGAAGAGAGGAAGGAAUUGGUCUUGACAAUCUGCAUGUGGAGAUUGAAAGGAGGCAGAAAGCAUGGUUAUCUAAUAGUGUUGAAAAUGGUCACAAUAGAAGCACUAGUUCCUUCUGUGGAAGUUUUCAUGCUGAAGAGUUGCAUAAACAACCCAAAUCAGUGCAAGUUGAAACCACAAAGGUCCAGCCUUCAAAUACAGAAACACCUGCGAAGAGGAAAAUUUUUGGUGUAGAAAUUCCUGAAAGUAGUAGUGGUACAUCUGCUGCUGCUUCACUUGCACUUAAUGAUGCAUCAGCUUUUGCUUCACAUUCACUUGAUCAACUAGCAAAUGGUCCCCGUUCAGAUACAACAAAUUCUGAGAUAUUCUCUGUUUCUACUUGGAAAAGGUUUCCUAGUAGUUGGAGCCAGAAUGCUCCAGGAAAUCCUGGUAGUAGUACUGUUGGUCAACCGAAUGGUAGGUCUAUAACAUCAAUGCAGGAUCAUAGAGUUGCCGAGGACAAAGUGCUUGCUCAGAGUGAUUCAAGAUUUGUUCCCAAUUUAAGGACGGACAAACUGUGCCAAAAUGGUCAGUAUUGUUCUCCAUCCAAAUCCAAGGAAUCAAGAGUUUGCUGCCCAUCAGUUGGCUUCAGCAACCAAAAUUGCCCCAGCCCCAGCAAUCAAGUUGUUUCUGAACAACUUGUUCAACAUGCUCCUAUAAAUAAUUUUAAGGGUUUAAGCUUGGAGGCAAAGUCAGCAGUAGAUCUAAAUAUGCCUGUGAAUGGUUAUCAGAAUGAAUCAAUUCCUCAGUUAAAUAUGAAUGUGGUUGAGAAACAAGAGAAUCUGCAUGCAGGCUUAUCUUGGUUAAGAGCCCAUCCACUAUCUAAUGGAAAAGCUGCCAAAGAAAUGGAAGUUUCCUGUCAGAUUGAGAUGAAGAAGUGCCCCUACCAAAGCAUUAUCCAAGAUUCUUUCUCAGCAGCUAGUGUAAAUAACACUGAUUACUGGAGACAGGAAGGUGAUUACCAUUCAAGCAAAACAAAGAUUCUUGGAUUUCACAUUCUUGAAAUUGAAUCCAAGGAUAUGCCUUCUCCCAGUUCCCUGCUGAAGUCAAAAAUUUCAGCUUCAGCCAAUGGCACUGAUUCUUCAUCACCUGCAUCUGGAGAACGUCCAAUGAAGAGUCUAGUUGUGGAGAAAGAAGUAACUGAGCUGAAUGCUGAUUUAAAACCAGAAAUUGAUUUGAAUUUGUGUGUUGUUGACGAAAGGAUUGAAGGAGAUGUUCAACCACCAUCUCCAAAAACCAGUAUGAGGUUUGCAGCUGUGAUAGAUUUGGAGGUGCCAGCUACCAUUGACACUGAAACUGCUUCUGGUUUUGAGUCUCCUGAAAGUCAGCUUAAGAAACCCUUUGACUCAUCACAAAAUGAAUCUGAAGAGCCUCAAAGACUUAACAUUGUUUCUGCAGCUGCUGAGGCACUGGUGGCCUUAUCUACAUCCGCAAUUAACGUGGACAAUUGUUCCUGUCAGCAACUAGAAACUCCAGCAGGCAGUUCUCUUCAUUGGUUUGCUGAGAUAAUCUCUUCUUACGGGAGUGACAGCGAGAUUGAUGUUAGAUCUUCACCAGACAAGGAUGGUGCCUCUUGUGAAGACUACAGUCUUGAUGGACUUGAUUAUUUUGAGUUAAUGACAUUAAAUUUGACAGAAACCAAAGUAGAAGAAUGCUGUUAUAUGCCCCAGGUUCUGGAAAAUCAAAAAGGUGAAAAACCAUUUACAAGACGACCACGGAGAGGACAGGCAAGGAGAGGAAGGCAGCGCAAGCACUUUCAAAGAGAUAUACUUCCUAGUCUUACUUCUCUGUCAAGAAACGAGGUGUCUCAGGAUCUUCAGACAAUUGAAGGGCUAAUUCAAGCUAAGGGUGGCAACUGGCAAUCAAGUUUGACCCAGAAGAACAAUUCUAAGAGCAGUUCAGGAAGGGGAAGGAAGCGGUCUGUUCCACCCAGCUCAAAUGCAUCUUGCUUGGACCCAGUUAAGCAAGCAGAAGCAGUAAUUCCAGAGAGUAACCUAACAGGAUGGGGAAAGAGGACAAGGCGUCCGCCACGGCAGAGAUGCCCCAUUGCCAUUAAUAAUCCUCUACCUGUAAAAUAAGUAUAUGGAUGAAAAUGGCCCUAGUUUACCACUUCAUAUGGAACUGGCAAGAGUUCUCUCCUGCCUUCCCUAAUUUCUAAACUUCUAUUCAGGUUUUCCAACAAAGGUGACCCAUCACCCAUGUGGUACUUUUUUCCCUUUUUUUUUCUUUUUUUUACCAUAAUUCAGUUUCUUCUUAAUUCUUCAGUAUCCUGAUUCCUGAGUGACUAUGUAUUAUUCUUCAUAAAUAAGCUGCAUUCUUCCUG